GGCCAAUCGAUCAUGGUGAUGCUUCAGCUUUCUGCUGUAGUCCUCCUUGCGCUCAUCGCCCCCUCCCUCGCCGGUGACGCCGACAUGCUCCAAGACGUCUGCGUCGCCGACUUGGCAUCCCCGAUCAAGCUGAAUGGGUUCCCAUGCAAGGCGGACAUCACGGCAGACGACUUCUUCUUUGCCGGACUCAAGAGGGCUGGCAACCCCAACAACGCGGCAGGGUCCAACGUCACGGCAGCAAAUGUACAGUCAUUCCCUGGGGUGAACACGCUUGGCGUGUCCAUGGCACGCAUCGACUACGCGCCGGGAGGCCAGAACCCGCCGCACACCCACCCGCGUGCCACCGAGAUCAUCUUCGUCACCGAAGGAGUCCUCGAGGUGGGCUUCAUCACCACCGCCAACAAGCUCUUCACUAAGACUGUCACCGUCGGAGACGUGUUCGUUUUUCCGCGUGGCCUCGUGCACUUCCAGCAGAACAGGGGGCGUGGCCCUGCAUCCGUCAUCGCCGGCUUCAACAGCCAGCUCCAGGGCACACAAGUCAUCGCCACCACGCUCUUCGCUGCCGCGCCGCCAGUGCCUAGCGACGUGCUGGCCAAGGCCUUCCGGGUCAGUAACGAGGACAUCGACGCCGUCAAGGCCAAGUUCAGGUAGUGUGGGUGCCUCCGCAGUUGGCAACUCUCCAUCCGUUUCGGAAGAAUAACCGUGUGUUCAAUGCUGAAUAAAUGAUACUCAAGCGAGCUGUAACGUGCAGUUGAUUUUUUUUAUGUGUAUGUUCCAUUUAUUUGUCUUCAAAAUAAUACAAAGUUGUUUCUGUUU